CACACCCUCCGCCUGGACGCAGCCACCGCCGCGGCUCUCUCCCCACGCGGCCGCCGGUUUGGGACCCCAAGCUCGACAUGUCGCCCUCUGGUCGCCUGUGUCUCCUCACCGUCAUUGGCCUGAUUCUCCCCAGCAGAGGACAGACAUUGCCGGAGGCCACGCCCGUCCCUCCAGCUGACCCAACUACUGUGGACUCGCAUGUCCUGGCAUCAACCCCAGAUGCAGACCACCCAGAGCUCCAGCCCACCCCUCCGCCCCCAGCCCGGCCUGCGGAUGAAACAACACAGAACUGGACUGAGACGCCUCCCCAGACCCAGCAACCGACGGGAGUGGAUGGACAGCCGGUGACACACCCAGCGACGCACAGCAGCACCAAGGAAGGUAGUGCCUGGGUUGGGUGGUCCAGGAGAUUGUCGGAGAGGGCCACUCUCUCUGCCCAUCCCACCGAAGGCACGACGAUGCUCACCAAGAGGACACCCCCAGGUGCAGACGUCAGAGACCCCCAGACCCCCAUGCCACACGGUUCCGAUGAAGACAACCCCUUCUUCUAUGAUGAAAGCACUCUCCGGAAACGGGGGCUCCUGGUGGCGGCUGUGCUGUUCAUCACGGGCAUUGCCAUCCUCACCAGCGGCAAGUGUAGGCAGUUGUCGAAGUUAUGCCGGAAUCAUCGCAGGUGAGUCGGUCAGCAGCAGGGGCCGGCAGCCCGAGACUGAGCCCCCCGCCAGCUCACCGUGCCCAGCCGCCUCCCCGCCCUCAAAUAGCCCCAAGAGCGGUCAGCAUGAGAAGCCCAGCCCGAGGGGGAAGACGCAGAUGGAUGGAGCCGGAGCUGGGGCUGACAGCCGGAGUCCCCACCCUGUCCCCCCAGGAAGGCUGGCGGGCUCCCUGGGCACUGCCCGUCCUCUCUGUUCAGACAAAAUUAAAGCACAGUGGCUCUCA